UGUGAUGCUUAGCGUUGUGUCCCAUGCUGAAGCCCAGCCAUUAUCACGUUUCUGCCCCCCCAGAAUGCACAGAAUGCACUCCUUCGAAGGCCUCGUAGUAGCCAUAGAGUAGGGAGAGAAGCUGCGACGACGCACAGAAACAUCAAGAAGCAUUAUCAUCGGCUUUUUGCUUGAAGUCAACCUACAGUGCUGCUCCGUGCGAAGAACGCCUCUCCCAUCACACCUUGAAGGCCCUUCAUCCGCGCGUUCGCCAGCGAUAGAUCCGAAAGUAACUCCCGCGUCCGCUUAUCGAACCCAUGGGUGAUUAACAAAUAUGCCGCCCAGAAAAGUGCUUCCACUGUCGAGCCUGCAGCCUCGAAAGGAGGAUGCAACCAUUCCCAUGACUCCUGGCUCCUCCGCCUUUCGACCGUCUUCCUUCCGCCCCAAGUCGGUCCUGCUCGUCCUCAGCGGCGGAUCCAGCGUCAAGGCGACCGAUCAGGCGCUCAACACUUGGGCCGCAGACGGCUUUGGCAGGAAGAUCGAUGGGGAAAAGGCGCCAAUCGACCAGUCGGACGAACGCGAGCGGAAGAGCAAGGAGGGCGAUGUCACUGCUAAGCUCAGCGCCGUCGUCUACGAACUGCCAAAAGGCGAGCAGCCAAAUGCCGUCAACCAACUCCGGGCGGCUAACAAGGCACUGCACAACCUUCCCAUAACAACCAUCGUGCAGCUCAGUGAGCCGAAACUUCCUGCGACCCAACCGACCCCCGAAACGCUUGCACUCGCCUACCGCGUCUCGCUCCCCGUUCUCGGCGCAUCGCUCAAGGCGGACGAGAAGACAUGGCUGGAUCUGAUCGAGGCCGCCUCUCAGAAGGAUUUGGUGCUCGAGCUCGAAAUCGCAAAGGAUGGAGAAGUCAAAACUGGGGAGGAGAAGGGUCUCGAGCGAAGGCAGGAGGAGCUGGAAGAGUUACUUGGGAAAAGCUACGAGGCAGAGAUGGGUGAGCAAAAGGGUGACUUCCAGGACGAGAAUGGACAGGUCGACUUGAGUAAAGCUACCAAGGGUGUUCGCAUCGUGCUGGACAACUUGGCUGGUCCACCCAAUCUUCCAAGCAGUCAGCUUCUCCGCAGCAAGUCGCUGGAAGAAUGGACCGGCUUCAUCUCGCGCAUAGCAUUGCACCCGCGAGUUUACCUCAAGCUCUCACCUUUGCUCUUCCCGAGCGUUGUUCCUCUCCCGUCGCCAUCCUCGUCGAAUCCGAUCGCGAAGGCUGCUUCCUCUGCGCUCCAGACCGCCUCGAACUUCGCAUCGUCCGUCGAUAUUGGAAGCUCAUACGUCGAACGGCGUGUCGAAUUGCGCAGGCGCCUGUGCCUCCUCCUCAACAUCGCCUACGAGGCGUUCGGAGAGGACAGGAUUAUCUUUGCUACCUCGCUCGACGGCUGCGGCGUCAAGCCGACAAAGGGGUCCGCGGAGGACGGCGCACCGCCUCCCCCUCGCGGAACAGACAUCAGCGUUUCCGCUGAUGACGAGCUGACGACCAGUCCCGCGGUGCAGACCGAGGGCGAGUCAGAGGCGAAGGAGGAGCUCUCGGCCGCAGAGGAGUGGUACGAACUCUGCAGGGAAACCUUCCAGCAGAUUGGUCUCGGUGACGAGAGUCUUGACAAGAUCUUCAACGAAAAUGCAGCCUACGUCUACCGCAUCUGAUGCUAUCUAUGAGAGAAGGCAAUACAAGGCUACAUCACAUGUGCGCUAAACUUAUACACUGUUGUUAAACGCCGUUAAGUGCGAAUCUAUUCGUAGAAGUGGAACAAUGUCAUACAUACCUUGCUGCACACGGGCGAUUCAUGAUCACGUUUCAGACUUCCACUCGAGGGACGGAACGCAAUGAAGGGCCCGAAGAUCUGUUCCAAUACAUCACGCCAGACUUGCAUCCUACAAUAC